AGAGGAAAACAGACGUAUAAGAACAGACUGCUGAAAUGCUACUAUAAAUGCGAUGAAAAAUAUUCUACUAACGGCAAGUGAUUCGGUCGAAAGGAGAAUACAAAGAAGCAUGACUAGAUGUGUUGUGUACACAGAUGUUUUGAUACAUCUUUGGUUGAUAUUGGUCAGUGUUGAAGGAUGGACGUAUCACUGGAAGGAGAACGAGAAAAUGACCUGGAAUGAGACAAGGGCGUGGUGUCAAAGAGAAUACACAGACAUUGUGAUGGUCCACAAUGAAAAUGUAACACGCUUCCUUGAAAAAAAUUUGCCUGAAAAAUCUUCAUCUCCUUACUUCUGGAUUGGAAUGAAAAAGAUCAAUGACAUUUGGACGUGGGCUGCCAAUGGACAGAGGGUGGACAAUGAAAACUGGGCACCCACUGAGCCCAACAACAACAAGGCAGAUGAGAACUGUGUGGAAUUAUACACCAACACAAACAAUAAAGGAAAGUGGAAUGAUGACAGCUGUGAACAUAAAAAGCAUCCUGUAUGCCAGAAAUCACAGUGUCCAAACAAUUGCACUGAUAGACAGUACUGCGUAGAACAAGUCAACAACGUCACCUGUGUGUGUAAAACAGGUUUCUCUGGGCCAGAGUGUGAAACAGUGGUUUCUUGUGAACCACUCUCUGCACCACCACAUGGCGGGAUGCAAUGCUCCGGUCCGUAUGGGAAUCAUUCACUCAACUCAGAUUGUACAUUUUCUUGUGCUGGUGGUUAUAAACUGAAUGGUAAAGAUGAGCUCAAAUGCAAUUCCUCCGGUGCAUGGAACGCACCACCACCUUCAUGUACAGGUGCAAUAUCGGAGUGUUUUCCCAUUCUUUUGUUUGGUGGUGGAUUGCUGAACUGCACUGAAGGACAUGACAGCAUCAGAUCUGCCUGUAGAGUACAGUGUCCACCUGGUCACCUGCUGCUGGGGUUUGUUGAGUUCACCUGCAGAGCUGAUGGCACAUGGGAGUCUUCCUUUCCACUAAUGUGUGCAAGUUAUGUCCAUUUUCUAAUUGCUCUUUUGGCAUCUGUUGUCAUCUCUGUGUUUUGUGGCUGUUUAUUUUGUUGCUCCAGCUGCAGAAGGAAACUCGACCAGAAACAGUGAAUCCAGCAUUUGAAGCAGAACACACACCACUAGAGGGCCCUCUCUAUGGAGUGAGUUUUGGUUCUUUAUUAC